UUGGUGGGUGCACUGUUUCUACUUCUCACGAAAGAGUUACCAGUUGAAGUUAAAGCAGAAACGUCGGAAAGAUUGAUUUCCGCCCUUAGUGUAAAUGACGCUAUGAUGAGCAAUUACAAUUAUUUUGCAAUUUUUAGAAUAAUGCUUGCUUUUGAGCGAGAGUGUUCGCCUAGGGUUAUUCUCAAAGCGAUUCGAAAUAUGACAUUGAGUCAAACACCGUAUUUCGCGAAUCUAUUGCAUGAUAAAUUUCAAGAAAGAUAUAACCAAAACCCACUUCUUGCCCGAAGCUUGAUAGAAACAAGAAAACGUCUAAUAAUCGCGAACUUGAAGCACGGGAACUCUAACAGGGCAGCGGAGAUGUGGAAGUUGAACCAGAACUCGAAUCCUGAAUUUGCCCAGAAAAAUGUUAUAUUAUUCCAAUCUCUCAUUGAAAAGCUAAAUGAUGAGGAAUCUGCUGACUUAUUGUUCAAUUACUUUCCAAAAACACUAUACACAGAUCCUGAUAUCGUGGACUUUUUGAUUGCAUACUUUGGUCAAAGUCCGAAAUAUCGUACCAACUUUGAGUAUAUUACUAAAAGCUUGAAACCUCCCUUAAAGAGAAACACGCUCUCGCUGUUAUUUGCCUCUUUUAUUUCUCAAGACAGGGAAGAGGCAGCAGAAAAGAUUCUUCAGGUAAUAUUCAAAACAAAAAACGGUAUUAACUCGGAAGACUUUCAGGUUAUCAUAAAAAAACUCCUUGCAAAACAUCAAAUAAGACAAUGUGUUGAUAUGUGUCUUCGGAACGAUUUUCGAGUUUCAGAAACACAUGCAGAUUAAGAUUCAUAUGAAAAUCUUAGGGAAUUAUUCUUGGAGAAACUAAUUCGAGAUCUUUAUAAAAGGACGAACGGUAGGGAUAUUCAUAGCCUAUUCACCACCACACUUUUCAAACAUUUUUCUACAAGCUUCAAAAGUGUCAUGGCCCCAAAAGAAUUAAAGACAUUCCGAAUACAGGUUUCUUCCUAAAAAUCUUAUCGAACUUGAAAUUGGAUCUUUGAUAAAAAGAAAACACCCUUGGUAAUUGUAUUCGCUAUUGCAAC